AUGGGCUCCAUCGUCGCCGACCUCCCUCACCCCUUCGACCCUCUCUCUCUGGGCGAGAUUGAGACGGCCAUCAACAUCGUCAAGAAGGCUCACGGCCAAGUCUUCUUCAAUGUCGUCUCUCUCCAGGAGCCUCGCAAGGCUGAGAUGACAGCAUGGCUCGCCAACCCCGAGACCACCCCCCGCCCAAAGCGUUUUGCUGAUGUUGUGGUGAUCGCUCCCGGUGGAAAGGUCUACGAUGGUCUCGUUGAUCUUGCUGAGGCCAAGAUCACCAAGUGGGAUCUGUUGGAUGGAGAGCAGCCUAUUAUCACCAUGGAGGAGCUCCAGCUGGUAGAGCACGUCGUCCGCAAGGACCCCAAGGUCAUUGAACAGUGCAUCAUCAGCGGUGUUGCCCCAGAGGACAUGCACAAGGUCUAUUGCGACCCAUGGACCAUUGGCUACGAUGAGCGGUUUGGCAACAAGGUGCGGUUGCAACAGGCACUCAUGUACUACCGUCCAGACAUCGACAACUGCCAGUACCAGUACCCUCUUGACUUCUGCCCUAUCUACGAUGCCGACAAGGGUGAGAUCAUUGCCAUCGAUAUCCCCAAGGUCCGCCGCCCCCUCAGCAAGGCCCCGCCUAUGGACUAUCAUCCUGCUGCGGUGGAGGCCCGUGGUGGUUACCGCACCGAUCUGAAGCCCAUCAACAUCACCCAGCCCGAAGGUGUUUCGUUCAAGCUUACCGGCAGGGAGAUUGAGUGGCAAAACUGGAAGUUCCACAUCGGCUUCAACUACAGAGAAGGCAUCGUGCUCAACAACAUCACCUUCAACGACAAGGGCACCGUCCGCCCCAUCUUCUACAGACUUUCUCUCGCCGAAAUGGUCGUCCCAUACGGUAACCCCGAGGCCCCCCACCACCGCAAGCACGCUCUUGACCAGGGUGAGUAUGGUGCUGGCUACAUGACCAACAGCCUGUCCCUUGGCUGCGACUGCAAGGGCUCCAUUCAUUACAUGGAUGCCGAGUUCCCCACCCGUGAUGGUGGUCUUCGCACCAUCAAGAAUGCCAUCUGCAUUCACGAGGAGGAUGCCGGCAUCCUCUUCAAGCAUAGCGACUUCCGUGACGAUUCCGUCAUCGUCACCCGUGGCCGCAAGCUGAUCAUCCAGCAAAUCUUCACCGCCGCCAACUACGAGUACGUCGUCGCCUGGGUGUUCCACCAGGAUGGCACCAUUGCCCCUGAGAUCAAGCUCACCGGUAUCUUGAACACCUACGCCAUGCUCGAGGACGAGGACACCAAGGGCUGGGGCACUCAGGUCUACCCUGGCGUCAACGCCCACAACCACCAGCAUCUCUUCUGCCUCCGCAUCGACGCCAACAUCGACGGUCCCAACAACACCGUCUUCGUCAACGACGCCGUCCCCAGCGAGGCCCCCGUCGGCAGCCCCGAGAACUUUUACGGCAACGGUUUCUACAACAAGCGCGCCAAGCUCGUGACCGAGGGCGAGGCCAUGACGGACUACAACGGCGCCACCUCCCGCGCCUGGGAGAUCGCCAACACCAACAAGCUCAACCCCUACAGCAAGAAGCCCGUCAGCUACAAGUUGGUCAGCAGAGAGGUCCCCGGCCUCAUACCCAAGGAGGGCUCCCUGGUCUGGAAGCGCGCCGCCUUUGCCAGACAUGCCGUUCACGUCACCAAGUACCGCGACGACGAGCUCUGGCCCGCGGGAAAACACGUCCCCCAGACCUCUGGCGAGCCAUCCCGCGGCAUCACCGAGUGGAUUGGUGACGGCACCACCUCCAUCGACAACACCGACAUUGUCCUCUGGCACACCUUUGGCGUGACCCACUUCCCGUCCCCCGAGGACUUCCCCGUCAUGCCUGCCGAGCCGAUGAUGCUUCUCCUCCGCCCUCGAAACUUCUUCGCCGGCAACCCGGUGAUGGAUGUUCCUCCCAGCUAUGCCAGCACCCCGAGCCAGAUUCUCGCCGGCAAGCAGGGUGUUUUGGACGCUACCGACAAGCUUAGCACUCUUGCUUUUGCCAACGGCAACGGCGCCAGCUGCUGCAAGAGCAAUGGUUUCAAUGGCACUCACUAG